AUGUUUGCGAAGCAAGCAUUCGAACUGGUGCAGGAAGUACUCAGCUGUCCUAAAGAUGUCAUCCCUCCAUACAACGACGAGGCCUUUCGUAACGUGAUCGACGAAGUGAACAUGCAGCAUGAGAGGCUUGCAGCCGUGUUCCAGCGGGAAAGAACGGACCGUCUACAGGAGUUCCGAUGGACCCACCGGAGCCUGCCCGCACAUGUCCAGAACAACCUUAGCCCACUCGAGCUCCAAUACUUUGCCGGCUACGACCAGCUCCUGAACAAGUACAUGCGUUCUGGGAGACUGGGUGUAGGACUUGACCUAACAGCGGAUCCCACUCCCCCAGAGGACCCUUUCGUCCAAGUACGUGUUCUGAGGGACUAUGGGGAGGUCAUGUUCAGCAGCGGUAAGGUGGCCUUGCAGCGAGGCAAGUCCCACUGGCUGCCGCGUGACGAAGCACACCCCCUGGUCAUGGAUGGCGUGCUCGAGUUCCUGGCCGCCACGUCGUGCUAG